CACCACUACCACCACUAACACCACCAUCUCCAUUUAAUGUAUAAAUUGUAAGAGACACCCAGCACCAUCUUCAUGUUCUUUAUUUAGACACCCAAUCAUUCACUCCAACCGGCCUCCUCCUCCACCUACACCACCACUACCACCACCAUCACCACGCACCGCGGCCACGGCCGCCACCAUGCAACCCUCUCAACCUCCUCCUCUCAAUGAAAAUUACUUGCGAGACGACGUCAAGUCGCCAGAAUGCGAAGACUUGCUCUCCUCUCUCCCUUCAGAAGAGGACUGGAUCCCCACCUCUCUCUCUUCGGGAGAGGACUGUAGCCCCUCCUCUCUCCACUUGUACCAGGGCUUCUGGUUCCCCUCUGGGCUCUUGAACAGCGUCGUUGCUUGCCAAAAUCACUUCCAAGCUCACCCUUCCGACAUCCUCCUCGUCACCAGCCCGAAAUGUGGCACCACCUGGCUAAAGGCCAUCCUCUUUGCUCUCUCGAACCGUGCCGAGUACUCUGACUCCAACCCACAACAACGCCACCCUCUCCUAACACAAAACCCCCACGACCUCGUGCCCUUCUUGGAGUUAAGCUUCAAUCUCCAGAAUAAAAAUCCUGAUCUCACUACUUUUACAUCCCCGAGGCUCUUGGCCACCCACUUGCCUUAUUCCUCUCUUCCACGGUCGGUGAGGGACUCCAAUUGCAAGCUGGUUUACUUAUGUAGGAACCCUAAAGACACUUUCAUCUCGAUGUGGCACCACAUCAACAAGUUGAGGCCCGAAGAGAAGGGCCAACUUCCACUCCCAGAGGGCCUCGACAAGUUCUGUCGAGGCAUGAGCUGGUGUGGGCCUUAUUGGGACCAUGUGCUGGGUUACCACAAGGCGAGCUCCGAGAUGCCUGAGAAGGUGUUGUUCAUGAAGUAUGAGGAGAUGAAAGCGGACCCGAGCGUUCAAGUGAGGAGGUUGGCCGAUUUCAUGGGGCGUCCAUUCAGCGAAGAAGAACUGAGAAACGGGACCGUCGAGGGAAUAUUGAGGAUGUGUAGCUUUGACAAUUUGAGUGCAUUGGAGGUGAAUAGGAGCGGCAAGUUGCUAAUUGGACUAGAGAAGAAGUGGUUCUUCAGGAAAGGCGAGGUUGGAGAUUGGGUGAAUUACAUGGGCGCUGAAAUGGGAGAGCGAAUUGACGGUGUCAUGGAAGAAAAGUUGCAUGGUUCUGGUUUGAAGUUUUAGGACAUAUGACCCACUCGAAGAUAUUUGGUUUGAUGGUGGAAAAGAAAAAUGCGUAAAAAAAGAAGAAAAAAGAAGCAAAAACGAUUCGAUUGUCCGCACUUUAGGGGGUCAAUGUCUGGUUGGCCAAUGCAAGCGUGUUUCUCAUGCUAUAGGAUGAAAGAUCUUCAGUGGCAUUGUCAGUCCUGGCUUCGUCUCCAUAGUGAGAUGCUUUAAGGUUGUGAUUCUAGUCUUCAUCUGUGUUGUGUACUAUUGGCGUUUGGCAGAAGUUAUUUGGCCAGUACGUAGCUGGCUAAACAAGAGCUGCCUAGCUGCUCCCUGGGAGCUUGUGGAUGUAUCUUCUGUUAUUUAUUUCAAUUCCAUUUUUCUUUUUCUCUUGGCUGUGUGAA